CGUUUCCUACAAGUGUCUGCGGUAUCGAUUCAGGACUUUGAACACGCUGAAGUUCCUGUGCAGUGUGCGGCUCUGACUGUCGGAUCGGUCAUUCAGACGCAUUCAGUCUGGAUCGACAGUACAGUGGGCGCACGGACGCGGGUGUCUGCCCGGGCACUCUAUAGUGAUAGAAACCUACAGCAACAAGCGUAAAUUUACCCCAUUGUCUGUAAUCGAACUGCCGGACGUGUGCUGGGACGUGUGUCCCCUGACGAGGCCCCGCAGCGCGAGGGUGCUCACAAUAAGUAUUGCUGUUGACAUACCAUUUGAAUAGUAACUCGCUUCUACUAGACGAGCAUGAAAGACACGCGCAACUUGUUCGGGACUUGGCUUUCGGGAAAAGUUCGUGUCACUGUAUGACGAGAUGGCCUGUGGCCACGUUGCUGGCCACAAUAUAUAUAUGGCCAUGGGUUCAGGCGGCGCUACCAGCUGCUGGGAACGCAAGCUGGCUCGGAAGCGACUCUUGUGCGGAGCUUAUCGCAAAGGCAGCAAUAAGCAGUUGUGGUGCGUCGCAGCAAGACUUGCUAGGAACGGUGUCUGGUGGCAUCUAUCAGUGCAGGAGCUUUGCGUCCGACAGCAGCACGGAUGCGGCGCCGGCUGCCCCUGCAGCGGCACUUCGCGUGCUGCUUCCGGACGCCUUUGCAGGUUGGCUCACUCCCACGCUUGAGAGGUUCUCUGCUGCGUAUGGCACUGCUCUGGAGCUGGACGUUCGUCCCGUGUCCCAGCUGCCCGCCAUUGUUGGCGCGGCGGCCCGCCGGCCGGGGCAGGCUCCGACGCACGACGUGUUUCUCCACACAUCGGACCUCACGCUCACGCUGGCGGACGCUGGACUGCUGACGGACCUCAGCGCGCUGCUGGAGGUGCUGGAUGGCGGCGUGGAGUGGCUGGGCGUGUCUCAGACCUUUCGGCUACAGGUGGCGACAUACCACGGCUCAAUCCUGGCGAUGCCGCUGGACGGCACGUCCCUUGUGACCAUGUACCGCCGCAGCGUGCUGGACGGGCUCGGGAUGCAGGCACCUCAAACGUGGAGGGAGAUGCUUGCCUUCAUCAGGACGUACGCUGCGGCGGUGGAGCGCUACAGGCUCAGCGGCCGCGAGGGCCAACUGCCACCCUACGCCUUUUGCUUGCCACGCGGCACAAGCUGCGUGCACCAGAGUUAUUUCCAGGCGGUCUGGAGCAGCAUUGCACAGACUCAUGGGGUGACACAAGGAGUGCAUUUCGACACGGCCACGCUCACGCCGCUCAUCAACUCGGUGGGCGGCUUGGAAGCGUUCCGCAUAUUUGCAGAGAUGAAAAUGUCGGCAGCGCCAGAGGAGCCAGACGAACCGUGUGCGCGUGGCAGCCUAACGUUUGCAAGGGGGCGCUGUGCGCUUACGCUCGGCUCGUACGUGUCACAAGUCAGGAUUGUAUUGGACCUGGCUGCGAACGCCACCGUGGCCCUGAGCGACAUUGGCGUCGCCCGGCUACCCGGCUCUGAUGUCGUGUGGGAUCGGGGCGGCAAGCAAAACGGGGGCACGGGCGGCAGCGUCGGUGGAGCGCUCAUGCCCUGCGAUACCACCUUGUGUCCGUACAGCGCUGUUGCGAAUGUGCUACCCGCGCCUGCUUACGACGGUGGCGAUGGUAGCGGCAGCGGGGAGGGAAACGCUAACAGCAGUAGCAUCGGCGCUUGGUGCGCGCAAGCCUCCCUUGCGGGAGGGCCAACGAAGGAGCCGCGCCGUGUCAACUACUCGCCGCAGUCGCCGGCAAGCCUCCUGAUGGGUUCCGUUAACAAGAGGUCGGACGUGCUUGCCCAGCUGCUGGGUUAUGAGCUGCUGCUCUAUUUGGCUUCGCCCAGCCGCUACCUGGACACAGUGACGGGUGGCGAAGCCGCUUCUGCGGCCGUCCCAGCCGCCGCCUCUGGUGCUGCUGGAGGAAGCACUAGCAGAAGCGGCACUAGUAUCACUGCUGCUGUUUCUCCGCUGCGGGUGGUGGAGCCGGUGCGGCCGGCGUUGCUGUCUGCUGCUUCCAGCAGCGCGGUUUGGCGCGCGGCGGGCCACGAAGACGACCUGCUGGAGCGGGCACUGCCGGUGCUGGAGGACGCGAACCAGCACCCGAACCACGCGUGGGGCCUGCGCAUGGCGAACGGGGCAUACUACCUGCAGCUCCUCGAGGACAUCAUUUUAGGCAUCGAGCAGGGCUUGGUGGUGCGUGAUGGUAUGAGUGUAGCGGCAUUAGACGGGCUUGAGGAGCGCAUGAACUCAAUCGAGGCUUCGCCGGCAGCCGCUGCGCCUGCUGUCGGUACUAAGCAGCGGCGUCGGGGGCGGGCCCUGGCCGGCCUGCUGCCGGACUCCACAUCUGCCGCGAAGCCCAUGGGCCUCCAGGCAGCCCUUACCCGGGCCGCGGCCCUUGCGUCUGCUUACUACCCUCCAGAGGUGUACCGCGGCAAGUACCUGGCCUCGUUGGUCACGCACGGCACAGAUCACCAGCAUGACAUGGACUCAGCUGCCGGCAGCCAGAGCGGCGGCGGCGGCACCAGCACCGGCGUCCUUGUAGGAGCGGUGCUGGGCUCCGUAGGCGGCGUGGCGCUGCUGCUGUUGAUCGUGGUGGCGCUGGUGGUGUUUGGGACUCAUGGCGGCGGCGUGCACGCGGCCAUGCACCGACGGCUGCCGUGGCUAAUGAUGGCGCUGGGGCUGCGGAGGCGCCGCUUCAAGCCGCACAAUUACGAGCUUAGCGCUCAUGCCCAGGUCAAGGCACCCGGCAUCUCGAGUCGCUCGGCGCUGCUGGUGACUGACAUUGAGGACUCAACGCGCCUGUGGGAGGAGCUUGCGGCGGACGUCAUGAGUCGCGCUCUGCAGCUUCACCACGCAUGCAUUCGGCACCUAGUCAUAGAGCACCAUGGCUAUGAGAGCGCGACGGAGGGAGACUCCUUCAUCCUCGCCUUCCAGACAGUCAAGCACGCAGUCGCCUUUGCCAUCGAGCUGCAAAACCAGUUGCUGGUGCUGCCGUGGCCGCAAGAGCUACUGACGGACAAGAUUUGCAUGCCGGUCUACACCGACCUCCCAGAGGGCUUCCCCUUCACGAACCACGAUGAGCCGGAGGACAUGGAGGCAGCGGCCACGCCGCAUGGCCAGUCGGGUGCCAGCUCGCCCUUCGUCUCGGCGCCUGGGCUUGCGCGGUAUGCCCUCGCGGGUGAGGGCCAGCGGCGCCGCCGCAGUGGCGGGGAUGCCGCGGCCGUGGAUGUGAUGGACCUGACUCUCAGCGCGGCGCGCCUGCACGGCUUCACACAGAACGGCUACCACACCAGUGCUCCGCCCACGCCCACGGCCAUGAGCAUGUCGGCUGCGGCGCAGAUGAUGGGGCGGCCGCAGCCCUCGCUGGCAGCUCUGGAGCACAUCUGCAGCAUACGGCGCUCCCAGGCGGGCAGGCGCCGCUCAAGCUGCACGGGCGGCGGGCGGAGCAUGUCGGCGGCGGUGCUGCCGGGGCGGCUGCACGCUCUGCGGUCGUCUGACGCGUCAGCUACAGCGCCUGAGAGCGGCGGGAGCAGCGGUUAUGCUGGUGGCGGUACGCCACGGUCUAAAGCUGCCGCCGUCCUUGCAUCUGCGGCGGCCACCGCGAGGGCAGCCGCAAGCGCAGCAGCAGACCGGAUGGGCUGGCGUGGCAGGACGCGCGGGAGCAGCGCUGGCGACCUGCGCACGCCACUGGGUCGGGGCUCGGUGCCCUCGGGCAUGGAGCGCGAUGCUGCAUCGCGCGCAGCGAUUGCCGUGGCAACCUCGGCUUUGGGAGACCUGUAUGACGGGGAGGAGGCUGCGGAUGUCGAGGAGGCAGGCAGCGCCCUACCCUGGGACACGCACGAGCGCAGCACCACUGCGUGUGUGAUGCAGCGCGAGCGCGAUUCCUGCAUGCAGCUGCAUCGCCCACCACAGCUACUCAUCCCCAUGAGCGUGGGCGGUGAGGAGGAGUUCAGCAGCUGCAGCUGGUUCAGCAGCAGCGGGGGUGGAAGUGGCGGCGAAGAUGGGGAGCGUGACGGCGGUACCGACGGCGGUGAGAGCUGUGACCGCAGCGAUUUGCCAGACGGUGCGACCCUCAGUGCACUAACCAGCGGCAACUACGAAGUUCUGAGCGGUAGCAUGUCGCCGGAGCCCUCCCACGACCCAGGACAGGCCGGUCGCUUGCAUACACACCGGCGAGGCCAUGCAGCAGAGCAACGCGAGGCGGCGGGCCCAGAUGCGCAUGACAACCCACACCAGCAGCAGGAGCUGCACCACCGGCACCACCGGCGCAGCAGCAGUCGACAGAGCAACGCCAAGCAGGCGGACCACCGCGAUGCUGGCGUCAGGGAGCCCAGGGACCGCAACUCGGUGAUGGCGGUGCUGCCGCCCGUGCUGCCGUGGUUCCCUAGCGGCAGUCAGGGAUAUGUCUCCGACACUGCUGCUGCUCUGACAGAGGUCACUGCAGAGGACCUGGUUGGCGCCGGUGUCAACGCCGUGUCGAAGGCGGUGGGUGCAGGGACUGCCAGCUUCUCCCUGAGGGCGGCCGCAGACACGAUGGACGAGGACGAAAUGGCUGGCGCGGCUGCUGACGCCGCGCCCUCAGGGGCGGGCGCUCGGAACCUGCCCAGCGCAGCCCACAGCGGCAACGGGGCAGCCGUUCACCGCCGGCCGCUUACGCUGUUGCUGCCCCAGGCGUCAGGUCUGGAGGACGGCGCCGGCUGCGAUGCGUGUGGCAGCAGGGACAGCCGUCCGGGCAUGUACGCGUCGCCCAGCAUGGGAGCGCUGCUGCGCACGGCAGCCGGGAUAGCCACGCCGCCUUCCAGCGCCAGGGGCAGGUCGCGGCAGCCGACUGCUGGGGGCGGGGGCUGUACCCAGGUAUCCGACUUCGCCACGGCCAGCAGUGCGGCCGGAACCCAGGAGGUGGCGGAGGCUACCGCGGCGAUGGAGGUCCUGGAAGCGGCGAUGCCGCCGCCCCUGUGGACGCUGCCGACUCAGGGCCGCACCCUGGGCCAGCUGCUGUCCGAGCUGCCACCGGCGUCAUGCUUCACGGCGGCGAUGUCUGUGGGCCGGACACGGAGAGUGCUGAUGUUCAGGGGCCUGCGCGUGCGCGUGGGCAUUCACACCGGCGUCAACAGCGCCGCCGAAAUGCAGUACAAUGCCGCAUCUGCUCGCAUCGUGUACGGCGGCCCUUGCGUGGCCAUGUGCAAGGCCAUCGCAGACUACGCCAACGGUGGGCAGAUAUUUCUGUCUGCCGCCGCCAAGGAACAGCUGGAUGAGGCCGUCCACCACCACAACGGCGGCAAGCCGCCUGGCAUCCUGAUGCUCAGGCUUGGCGCGUACGUGAAGGAAGCCGCUGCGGCACCGGCGGUGCCGCCACCUAGCGCCAGUGCUGGGCUGCUGGGGCAGUGCACACCGCGACGCAUGCUGUCACGCCUGCCGCCCUCGAGCAACAACAUCACUGCUCUUGCGGGCGGUGGGUACGCCGUUGGGGGCAUCGGUGGUGGCAGCAUGCUGCUCAACCGCGCACAGACGGUCGGAGCCGGGUCCGCGGCGGCCGCCAUGCUGGCUGCCGCAGAAGACUACAGCGCGUCUGCCAGCGUCUCCCGCCAAACAACGCGCGCAGACGGCGGCGGUGUCAGCGCCUUGGCGGGACCCGCUUCUGCAGUGCGGCAGAGCUCGGGGCGUCCAAGUGCCGCCCCUGGCAGCUUGACGUCGGCACAGCUUGCAGCGGCAGACAGAGGGCCGAUGACGAUCCCAUCCAAUCUCAUGCUGCCUGCUUCCACCUGUGAAAUAGGAGCUCAACCGCAGCAGCAGCAGCAUCCAACACGCGGUAAUGUACCGAAGGCGCGCUCACUGAUGCAGCUGCAGCAGCAGGCAGUGCCUGUGAGCUCUGGCUCGCGGCGGCGCGUGCUCGCUGGGGACUCGGGCGUUGCCGCGGGCCAGAGCAUCUCGCCACCUAAAGAAACGGCGGUCUUCUGGCUCACCAGCAGCUCGCUGUCGCAGCGCCUGGCGCUGGUGUCGCGGCCGCGUGUGCCCAAGGACCACGCGCCGCUGGAGGACGUGUACAACGCGCCGGUGGGCCGGCUCUCGUACGUGGUGCUGCAGGUGCCGGCGGCGACGGCGCUGCUGGCCUGGGACGCCGAGGUGGCGGGCGCCGCGCUGCGGCUGCUGCAGGACACCGCGCGCCGCACCAUGCGCAAGUACACCUGUGGCGCUUACCUGACCUGCUCACAACCAGGAGAGCUGAUUGCUGCCUUCGGCAGCAGUGCAGCGGCAGUGCGCUGGGCGGAGGGGCUGCGGAAGGAGCUGCUGAACGCACCGUGGUCCGAGGCGCUGCUGGCACACGAGCUGUGUGAGGUGGUGGAGGUGCCGGAGUCUGACUCCAGCAUUGCCUGCUCCGACUUCUUUCUUGAGGAGGAGGAGGAGGAGGAGGAGGAGUCAACGAUGGUGGGCGACACAGACCUCGACGCACAGCUCGGCGGCCCGAGCAGCUUCGCUCACGGGCGCCACGGCUCUGCCUCGGACAUGCAGCGCCGCGUCAGCAUCUCCAGCGCCAGUGCCGGCGGGGUCAUGGGCCACCUGAUGGCCGGCAGGCACCAGCAUCGUUCGCGUGAAGCGCCUGACAGGGGUGCCAGCAGCACUCGCGGCCGCGGCGCCACUGUUCAGGGUAUCCGAGGCGAUCCGACUUUGGCCAGCGCCGCGGCUGCGGGCGGCCUGGCCGCAUGGAUCGGCUCGCGCCUGGACAAGGCGGUUGGCGUGGCUGCCGGCGCCUCCACACCAGGUUCACCGCUGCCACUUGGGAUCUCUCCGCUGCGGCGGCACGCCACCUCCGCCGGCACGUUCACCCCCGCCGCGGCAGUUGGCACUACCGCUUCACCGCCCAGCACACCAGCCGCUGCAGCUGAUACGUCGCCCUUCACCGCCGCGGCACUGGUGGCCGCUGCAACGUUUGGCAGCAUCACGACCAGCGGGGCCGCCACCAGCGGAGGUGCUUCAGCGCCAGGCUUGCCUCCCACUGCGCAGGAGCUCAGCGCCAGUGCUACGCUCAUGGGUCCUUUCACGCACGUGCCGUCUCGCCUGGGCCUCAUGCACCGGCCAGGAACGAUACCGCAAGCGCUGUCGCCGCUUCCAAAGCCUCCAGCAGCCGUGGGGUCAGCCGCAACGCCAGCCAUUUCGGUCACCGGCGGUAGCGCAUCCGUGAGCACAACCGGGCUGCUGCUGCCACAAAGCGCCCGUGUGCCCCCAGGCGAGGACACGCCAGCAGCGUCAUCGCGAAUCAGCCACCCGCCAUGCAGCGACCACUCACCCCGAGGAUGCAUAGGCGCGUCGCCGUGCAGUGGCGACGCCUUGCUGCUGCACCCGCCGGGAGCAUCGCCAGCGCCAGACGCAGCAGCAGGGGUCGGCAUUGCUGGGAAAGCUGCUAACGCUGGCGCGCUUAUGCAGCCGAUAGCUGGCUGCAUACCGCCUUCGGUGGGCAUCGGCUUGAGUGCGCCUGGGUGCGUACCGGGAGAGCGCCUGCAUGAGGCGUUUACGCAUGGGCACUCAGCUGCCAGCAUCACAACUACAGCGUUUGAGUCGGCAUCGCCGCGAUGCUCUCCUCAGCUGACCGCGCCGGAUACCACCGCGAUUACGUCCACUGCCACCACCAUGCACCUGCUGCUGAUGUCUGGCUACACCAGCGUCCCGGGCGUUCACACCAACGCAAGCACGUCUCCGGUGAUGAAGCCUGAAGGCCUGGCGGGCGGAGGCAGGAUAGGCCCGACGGCCAUGGUGGCGGCGGUGGCUGAGGAUAUGGAGGCACGGCGGGCACAGGCACACGGCGGCGGCGGUGACGGCAUUGGAGCGGCUGCUGCGGGCCAGGCCGGCAGCACGUGCGGUCGGAACAGCCCCUUCAGCGCCCUGAAUAGCCUGCAGGCCGCCGACCUUCCUGCAUCCCCAUUGGAGCCAACAUCCACGGCCGAGCCCCCAGCCGCGGCCGAAAGCAGUAUCAGUGGAGAAGCAACGGUUCCGCGCGGGUUUUCUGCCAGAUCGGCUCCAGGCGGCAGGGCGCUGGGCUCUGCGCCUGCGGCGCUGCGUCUCGCAUUGGCGCCGCAGCAUUCUCCGGGGCAGCGUGAGCUGCAGCCAACACUGGCCCGGCCGCAGCCAACACUGGCCCGGCCGCAGCCGGCUGCAUUCCAGGCUGCAGCCCCGCAGACGAUGGCCUGCCAAGUCCCGGCCGCGCCUGCCACGGUCCGAACAGAGCCUGGCUUCCAGCUCAGCUCUGCAAGGACGGGCGGCAGCCGCUCGCUGUUCAAAGGGUCACCGUCCCAAUGCGGAGAUCAGCAGCCCCCGUCGCCAUGCUCACCUGCCUCCCCCAUCGCCCCGCAAGGAGGCGCUGCUGUGCAGCCACUGCCCCAGUCCCAGCCCCAUUGCGAGCGCAACGCUCGGCUGCCCGCGCCUCUCUACCAGCACCAGCGGCGACUGGGCCAUUCAUCCAGCUUGGAGGCGGAGCUGCGCAAAGGCGGCGCAGCGGGCAGCUACAGCAUGCCCGGCGUCGCGUGCCUGGGCACAUCUAGCGGCUGCGGCACGAAUGCACAUGGCCGAAAAGGCAAAGACGCGCUCGAGUCCAUCGCAGAGCCUAUGCCCACAUGUGCCCUCGAUGUGGCAGCGGCUAGCGCUGAUGCCAGCACUCCAGACGCGGUGCCGGGGCUGUCGCCAGAGUCGUCAAGACCUGCGCCCGUGCCUGAGGGGCCGCCGGUCUAUUCCCACCAGAUGCUGGAAGAGAUCCUGCCGCAGCGCCCAGAAUUGCGAAGCAUGCCACAAGAGUGGCAGUCCGAGUCGCAGAACGCGGUGGGGGAGUACCCGGCAGGUACCCGCUGCAACGACACGAUAGUGGGCACAGACGGCCGGGUCCAGCACCUUCUGCUUCGAGGGCUGAGGAUCCGCGUUGGCAUCGCCACCGGCCGUCCGACAUGGAGCGCCGCCGACCACACGCACGAGCUGGCGUACAGCGGCAAGCCCGUGAGGCUGGCGCAGCGGCUGGCCGGCGCCGUGGCAGCCUGCGGCCAGGUGGUGUGCUGCGCCGUCACGUGCCAGGAGGCGCUGGCGGCGCAGCAGCACGAGCUGCUGCAGCAGCAACAGAAGCAGCAGCUGGCGGCCGUGGCUGCGCAGCGCGGCAGCAACGGCGCCGGUGCGGGCAACCGGACCACCGCAGGCCCGUCGCUAUCUGCGCAGCCGUCCAGCAUUGCAGAGGAGGUGCCGGAGCGUGAAGCCGCCAGCGGGCAAGCUGGGAUGCACGCAGCAGAUGGAGGGACGGCGCCGGCAGCAGCGGGAGACGGUGCUUCCAUGCUGAUGGCAUUUAUGCCGGUGAUGGAGGGCAACACCCCAGCGUACCUGGGCGGCCGCGUCCGCGACAAGAGGAAGCGCUGGAAGCAGGUCGUGUUUGUGGUCAGCCUCUUCCCGCCGGACGCCCCGCCGCCCUCGCUGGCGGCGGUAGCCGCCAUCAACCGCCCGCGGCUACCGUCUGGCGCGUUGACACCCACGGCAAGGCCGCCCGGGCAGCGGCAUGCAGUGUGGCUAAUGCCCAUGAGCCGCUCCCCGGCCACUGCAACGGCCACGCCGCGCGGCGCGGCUGGCAGCAUCAGCGGCUUCGGGCUCCUAUCCACCAUGCCAGGCGCCGCCACUCGGUCGCAUGCGUCCAUGCCGCUACUGAAGCUGGCCGGCGCCGCGCGCUCCAGCAUUGCCGCGGUCGCGGCAGUGGCAACGGCAGCGGGGCUGAGGCAGCCUAGCUGGGUGACGCCGCCACGCACCCGUCUGACAAGCGCGGGCGGCUCCUUCAUCGGCCGCAUCAACACGGGCAGCAGCCUGCAGGGCGGCGGCGGGUACGGCGGUAGCAUGCCACUUCCACAGCUGCUGCUGCCGCUGGCGAAAGCCAACACGCAGGCGGUAAGGGACAGACCUCUUGAGCAAGGCGCAGCUGCUGCCUAUGUGGAAGGAGAACGGGCGCCUGACAAUGACGGCAUUGUCAUUGGAGGUGCGGGCGGCGAAGGCGACGUUGAAGGCGAUGGCGAUGGGGCUGCAGGGCCGUCGCACAGCGGUCAUAGCGACCAGCAAUCCCGCGCCGCGGCCUGGCGCCACACAUCCUUUCCUGCAGCCGCUUUCGGUGCUUCGAUUGCUGGGGCGUCCAACCUACCAGCGCGUGCGACGUCGUCCAACGUUGGCAGCGGGAGACCUGCAUCGCCAGCGAGCUGGCAGCACCCAGCUCAGGCUGUGGCUGCGGUGCAAGUGAUUCCACCUGCACCUGUCGCGGCCGGGGUGGCGUGUGGAGAGCGCCGGCGGACGUACCCAGCUAUGUCUUUUCGCGGCAGUGACACGGGCAGCUGCGCCGCCGCCUCUCAGGCCGCGGGCGCCGUGUUCGGCGGCUCAGCAAGUGGUACGGUGCAGCCCGACACCGCAGUGGCGGUGGGGCCCCAAGGCCGCCUACCGCCCUGCCUGGCCCUGGGAGUACCGCCGGUACACGGAGCGUCCAAACCCGCGCCGCGGCUGCGGCAGCCCGCAACCUACAGCGGCGAAGGCAGCGGCUGCGAUGGCAGCGGCGGCUCGGCCGCAACAUUGCACUUCAACAACCGAGGCAGCAUCUCUACUGCAGGUGCCAUGGCCGCUGUCACCAGAAAUGUUGAGGCUAUGGGCAGCGGGUACACCAGCACCAGUGCCACAGUGGAGGUCUGGCGCCAUCGAGCUCCCAUUGCUGGUGGAUAUACGGGAUUGCAGCAACCGCAGCAGCAACAGCAGCUUGACCUGCUAGCGGCGGAUGCGCACUGUGCCGAUAUGAGCAGGGGUCCUGCCGCUUCGGCUUCCACUGGCCCUGGGCUAAGAGGCUUUGCAGGUCACAACCUGCGGGCGGCCCCACUGCUCGGACUGCAGGUGGACGCUGUUACAGAGGAACAUACUGCAGACUUGUCGAGCGCGUGUGUAACGACUGGAAGCGGGCCCCUAGGCCGGGGCAGCAGCCCGGGUGCGCUUCUGCCGGCGGUGGGGCCACUGGAGAUGCUGCCUGCAGAGGGCGAACGUGAAGUGGUCAGCAUGCGGAUCACGCGGUCGGCCAGGUCCGUGCGGGAGAGGGCUGCUGCGGCAGCUCCAGGAACUGCUGUCGACAACACCGAGGAUGGUGAUGUUAAGCUAACCUGACGAGUGACGAUCCAUGAGGACAACGUGACACAUUGUAUCUCCUCAACGUGACCUCUUGAACUGCUCGAGGGUAAAGGUAUAUUGUUAUGGCGUGACAGCUAGCCAUGCUGUGCUGCGAUUCCUGUGAAUCUUACGAUGAGGUUCUGUCGUACUUGCGUUCACUUGUGUGAUCCUGACGCAUACAUACAUCGCAUUGUUUCGGCCGUGAUUCUCUCCAUGCCAGCAUGCGCUAUGUCCAGGCGCACAAGGGGAGGCCGCGAAAUGAGUGAACGCCUGCGUUGUCUGAGGCCGUGUUGUGAACGUGUAUGGGGGGGUUGAUUCGAGUUCGGGGGUUUUGAAGUUACUGAGUUUACGGAAGCGGGGUGGGACUGGGCGGGCAUGAGCGCACAGGUGGCGAACGUUGUGCAAGAGUGCCGCAGCUCCGAACGACACGGACUGGGGGUUCGGGAUGCCACGGAUGUGACGAACGUUUACCGAUUUUAACGGCUAUCUGGGGGGCAGUGAAAUUGCCUGGGAAUUUGUGCGACCGCCGCGCAGGCGGACGUAGCGCGAAGGAGCGCACGAGGCUGCUGCGGACCUGGAUGAGGAAAGUCCCAAACAUGUUGUUGUGUUCUUGUAUAUCCUAGGCCUGAGAAGCAACUAAGCAGCGGAAGCUGGCCAGCCGCACAACUGCGCCGUUGCACCCGACCCGACACGGCCCGGCAAACUGCAAGGAGGAGAG